GAGGACAAGAAGAAGAAGAAGAAGAAGAAGAAGAGAAGAAGAGGAGAAGAAGAAGAAGAAGAAUACCUCCUCUGUAGUUCACGGUCAUGGCUGCUGCAGUGGGACGUUUGUCCCUGUGGUUAACCUCCAGAGUGCACGUGGACCGGAACAGAGCGCGCGCGGUGACAGCCCCAUACAUUUGCUGGCGACAGCAGAGAGUUUGCUGUUCCAGUCGCCUCACAACACGGCAAUACAGUUAUGACUCCAGGGACGACCUGAAGGUCCGGUAUCUGGAUGGGGAAGACGCGGGAAUUGUUGUUGUUGGGAUAAAUCGACCAAAAGCCAAAAACUCCAUAAGCAAAAAUCUUGUCAACAUGAUGUUUGAGGCUGUAGAGGAUAUUAAGAAGAAUAACAAAGUGCGCAGUGUUAUUUUAUCCAGCUUGGUUCCUGGUAUUUUCUGUGCAGGUGCAGAUCUGAAAGAGAGGGCAAAGAUGCAUCAGAGUGAGGUGGGACCGUUUGUUUCAAAAGCAAGAGCCCUCAUCACAGAGCUGGAUCAUCUUUCAGUACCUACUAUUGCUGCAGUUGAUGGGGCUGCCUUAGGAGGAGGUUUGGAAAUGGCCCUUGCUUGUGACAUAAGAAUUGCUUCCAGCAGUGCAAAAAUGGGAUUAGUUGAGACACAGCUUGCUAUUAUUCCCGGAGCAGGUGGAACACAACGUCUCCCAAGGAUUAUUGGUGUGUCUCUAGCCAAGGAACUCAUAUUUACUGCUAGAAUAGUGGAUGGAAAAGAGGCAAGUCGUCUGGGACUAGUUAAUCAUUCCGUAGAGCAGAAUGACAGUGGAGAUGCUGCCUAUCUCUACGCUCUUGAACUUGCUCGUCAGAUCAACCCUCAGGGUCCAAUUGCAGUUAGGAUGGCAAAACUAGCAAUCAACCAAGGAAUACAGGUGGAUUUAUCUACAGGUUUGGCAAUCGAAGAGGCGUGCUAUGCUCAGGUGAUCCCAACAAAAGAUCGAUUGGAAGGUUUGGCUGCUUUUAAGGAGAAGAGGCGACCUCAUUACAAGGGGGAGUGAGGUCAUACGAUUCAUUUCAAGAAUUUCUGUUCCAAAAGUUAAUGAAUUCCCACAGCUUUGAACAACCAAACUAUUUCACUGCAAAGACUUUGACUUGAAAGAGUGCGGUAAUUACAAUAAAGACUUUUUUUUAUCAUAACACAUGCCAUUGUAAUUUCAAGUAAAGGUGUGUGCAGUGAAACAUUACUCUGCACUGUGUCUGGAGGACUUUGUUGCAUGAUAGAACACAUGGUUGGUACUGAUGGAAGUCAAUCUCUGGCUGUGCCCACUAGCUUCUCAUGAAUUCAUAUUCCUGUCUUUGAAAAAUUCCUAAAAAGCUAAAACUGGGAAUGUAUGUCUUUGUGGGGAUGUUUUUUCUUUUUUUUUUAUUCAAAUGCAAUUUCUUCUUUUAAAAUUUUACAACAACCAUUGUUGAUUAACAAACUAGUUCAUUUAAAUUGUCCAUACAUUCUGAGUUCAGCAAUAGGUAUACCUUAUUUUAUUUUCUUGGAAAAUAGCAUGUGAUAUUUGUUUUCCUUCAACAAAUUACACGUCUACUUUUAGACAAUUGGGAACUUAUGGCGUACAGAAAUGGUAAAUAGAAAGUACACGUCUUUCAUGUGUACAUUUUUAUUGCAAACUUAGUACAUGAUUUUUCACAAAACUGAUAAGCUGCCAUCUGGAGUUCAGUUUUGUACAUUUUAGGUUAGAUAUGAAUUGUUUAGAACCGACCUGGCAAACACGACAUUAUUUUUGUAUUGUAAUCCUGGACCUUCUGUUUUCCAUGACUGUACUAACACAUGAGGCUUAUGUUGUUUUUACAGCUCACAAGGUUUCAUUGUUUUCUUUAUGUAUGUACAUCUUGGGUCUUUCAAGCAAAGCUGUUGCUUCAGUUUGCUGGAAAUUAUUUGAAUAUAAUUAAAUUGUCUCUCCUAUUUAGUGCCAAAAUUAUAAUGCCAUAUAAUAACCAUAUUUUCAAGAUUGUGUUUUGAAAACGCCUAAUGUAAUAGUAGAGGUUGUGGGUGAUUGUCAUGAAACAAGCCAGGUAAUUUAGAACUUUAGUUUUUCUUUUCUAUUAUUCCUUGGUAUUGUUUUUUGUUGUUUUAGUUUCAAACUGCUUUUGCUAAACUUUUGAAUUAAUGAGUCACAUACCAUGUGAAGACUGUCCAUGUAUAGCAGCUGCAAUAAAGUCUAAUAGAAAUGCCUGAUCCUU